AUGUCAAGCACACUGUGGAGCAUCCUGCCCGUGGUGCUGUGGCUGCUGCUCUGGCACCCCACAAGUGCCAGUGGCCCAUGCUGGGAGAGUGGCAAAUGCCAGGACCUCACCACUGAGGCGGGUAUUCUGGCGUGUGCCAGCGUGUGCAGGUCGGAGCUGUCCGCCGAGGCUCCGGUGUACCCCGGGAACGGGCACCUGCAGCCGCUCUCGGAGAGCAUCCGCAGGUACGUCAUGAGCCACUUCCGCUGGAACAAGUUCGGCUGGAGGAACAGCAGCGGCGGGGCGCGCAAACGGCAGGGGCCGGCGGGGGACGGCCCGCCCCCCGCAGCGCCGCCUGCUGGCCCCCCGGCGCAACGCCAGCAGGAGGAGGGGGCCGGCCCGCAGCGGGAGGAAGGCAAACGUUCCUACUCCAUGGAGCACUUCCGCUGGGGCAAGCCGGUGGGGCGCAAGAGGAGACCCGUCAAGGUCUACCCCAACGGGGUGGAGGAGGAGUCGGCCGAGAGCUACCCUUUGGAGUUCAGGAGGGAGCUGGUGCUUGGCACCGGGGCACCGCCUGAGGAGGAGGAGGAAGAGGAGGAGGAAGAGGAAGGCCCAGAAGAGGAGAAGAAGGCAGCGUCGGGCAGCUCCUACCGCGGGGGCCAGUACGGCUGGCACACGCCCUUGAAGGACAAGCGCUACGGGGGCUUCAUGACCUCGGAGCACAACCAGACCCCUCUAGUGACUCUCUUCAAAAAUGCCAUCAUCAAAAGCGCCUACAAGAAGGGGCAGUGAUGGGGGGAGGGGGAGGGAGAGCCCGAGGGGUGUCCCAGCCUCGCCACCAACCGCCACCACCACCCCCUCUAGCUUUAGUGUCCCCCUGGCAUUGUGCUUCACCUAGAGGUCACUCGUCCUGUCGCUCUGCGUUAGUGCUCCGCAGGGAUCCACUCCCGCCUUAGGGAUGAAGAAAGACAUCAACCACUUCCCCACACCCCCUGGACAUGCUGUGGGAGCAGGGAUGUCACCACUUUGGAGCACACCGAGUGACUGCCACCUUUUCACCGAGCUGUACAAUACUGUAAAUGAGAGAGUAAAAGAAUUCUAA